AUGGACAUCUACCGGCUCGGGAAGCUCAAGCUCUUCGGAAGAAGAAGGGACAGGACCUCCGUGCGCAGAGCGUCUACGACCUCCAGCGGUACGUCCGUCACAUAUGACGUGGCGUCACCGCUCGGCGUGCGCAGGUUCCGGGCGCUGUACCUGGGCGCUACGCAGAGUCGUGGCCUUGCACCGCCACCCGCGUUUGACAAGUGUGUCUACAAGGCGAUUUCGACGCAGUCGAACCUCGUGCUUAUGGACUUUCGCGGCCAAGGCGUGAGCGACGACCAGCUGCUCGCGCUCGUCGAGACGCUUCUCGAGAUUCCGAUCCUUUCCAGCCUCGACUUGCGCGACAAUCUCAUUACAGAAGAGGGCGGUCUCUCCAUCUUGGAGCUGCUUCGGCACCAGCUCAUUCACUCCAAGGCCAACAGCGCGGGACCGGUAGGCAAAAUGACUUCGUUGGAGUACACACGCUUGAUCACCAAGGUCGAUCUACGCGGCAACAAUGUGUCCGAACCGACGCUGCAGACGAUUCGGCAGUAUACGGCGAUGCUGGCGCGGGAAGACAAGCGACUCCAAAUCAAGUCGAUUCUGAACCAACUCGACUACAAUGCAUCGGGGUCCCUCGAUGAGAACGAAGUGCGCAUCGCGCUCAAGCUCGCAAGCGGCGUCGAGCCCACAAAAAGGAUCUGGCAGCUCUCGAGCGGCCCGUCACCGUCCCAGAAGCAAACGUCCGAAGCGAGCUUGCGCGCGGCGCUGGAAAACAUCCUUCUUGCGCGCUAUGCGCGGUCGCCAGCAAAGAAGGACAUGGAAGGUAUGCCGCCGAUCGAGUCCCUUGCACAGAUUCGCCACGCUGAGCUCACGAUGCCGUCCAACUACAACGCCGAGGACCCGAGUGACGACGACGACCAAGUGCCGCCGAUGGUCGAUGCCGCGCGACGCAGCUCCGUGCGCCUCGCAAGCAGCCUCUCAUCGCUGAGCAGUCACGCUCCGUCCGAGAGUACGAUUUCGCCAGACGACGUCGAGAUGCCGCCGUUGGAUCUCGAGUCGCCGCCGACAAGCAGCCCACCUUCACCGAUGGCGGCCGCGCGCCCCCCGCCAAUCGUGAUUCCUGCGCUGUCGCCGAUGACAUCGCCGGUUGCAUCACCCAUGGCAGCGGGACACCACAGCAGUGACGCACCUAUCGUCAUGCACAUGAUUUCGCCGCAAAGUUCACCCGUCCAGACGCCGCCAGUGUCGCCGACGAUGGCUCUCAUGCCGCUACAUGGCGAGACGCUGUCGAUGGCCGACACGAUGCCUACAGCUAGCACGGUGAUUCUGCCGCCACCACGCCUUUCAGCAACCCCAGAGGCGCCGCAGAUCCCAGUGGUAGCAACGUCAUUUGGAUCCGCUGUCGUCGAUACUUCUCCCCUGGAUGCUGCUACACCAACGAGAGAGUCGCAUCCUGGCGAAGACGUACGGUCCCACGCUACAUGCAUGGAUACACCCGCGCUGUCACCAACGGCAUCGCUCGCAGCAGACGACUGCAUGUCCCCACUCGAUGUCACGCCGUCCACGUCACCGGUCGCUGCGCUCGUUGCUCCAUUGCCAGCGCCUCUGUUGCCGCCAAGUUCACCGCCCUUUGCAGCGUUUGCGUCGACUUUUGUACCAUCCAGUCCCAGUCGAAUGAAUCCCGUCAGCGAGCGGCGCCUCUCAUUGGAAAGCCUCGCCAACGGCGACAACAGCGACGACGACGAUCCGUUUGAGCUGGGGGCGCCGCCGGAAGAAUCCCGGAGUCUUGAAACCGCAGCAUCGUCGACCUCGGAGAUGACGGUGGUCGAGGACGAGCGCUGCGAAGUCGAGGCGACCUCUAGCACGCCGUACACAUGCGAGCAGCAGCCGGCCAUGUACCAAGGCUACGAGCGGGUCGCGGCCAAGCUCCAACACCCGCAAAUGGCGUCGACGUUCCAAUGGGCAUCGCUGUUUCCAGACGCCCCGCUCUCCAACGUGGUGGCGCUCAUUCUGUGCCACAAUGCACUGGAAUCGAUUUCCUUUCAAGACAUGCAGCUGCGGCACUUGCGCGUCCUCGACUUGUCCGCCAACAAGCUGCACAAGCUCACGCCCAUGGAUGUGCAGCCGCUGCGCCAGCUCGAGGUGCUGGACCUGAGCUUCAACGCAUUCCGAACGAUUCACGGCAUUGAGCACCUCACGCAUCUCAAAGCACUCAACUUUGCCGGCAACCACAUCAAGGCAGUCAAGAACCUCGAAUUUCUCGAGCAUCUCGAGAUCUUGAACUUGGCGCAAAAUGAAAUUCUGACGCCGCAAGCGCUACGUCUCCUCUCUCUCAACAAGCACCUCACGCACUUGAACAUUGACGACAACCCUGUGGUGAGCCAAGGCAACCACCGUCACCACAGCGCCCACAUCCUCAACAUCAUUCCGACGCUGCGGUCGCUCGGCUGCAUCCACCUCGCUGCGCUCAUUUUGCGCGAGAAGCGCAAGGACAAGAGUGCCAAGCCCAAAGACGACGCGCCGUCCGUGGUCACCGCGGUCGACGAGACGGACAGUCCGUACUGGAUCGCGCAAGCGUGUAAGAACGUUGGCUUGGUCUGCGACGCGCCCGAGGAGGCACCGCGCACGCCGUCGCCGAAGAAGGUGUCGCGGCACGAGCAGCGGUCGCGCGACGAGCUGCGCGCGAAAUCGUUUGCGCAUCACAUCAAGAAAGAGUCGCCGCCGCCACCGCCGAUGCCGCUCAAGACGAAGCCCAAGUGCUCGUUUGCUGCACAGCAGAAGCGAGCGAUCAUGCUGAGUACGCCCAAGCCGUCGGCGGUCAAGCCCCCACCGCCACCAAAAGCCGUGCCACCGCCGCCCAAGACCAUCCCGGUGGUCUCGACCUUGAAAGGGUAUCUCCAGCCGACGCAGGCGUCAAUCCACAGUACGCUGGCCGCGGAGCGAGAAAAAUCCGCCAAAGUCAAGAAGCCCAAGUCUGCAAUGCACAAGCGACUGCUACGGCGUGAGGAAAAGCUGCGGCAAUAUUUGGUGGCGACGUCGCCGCCCAAGCUCGCACCGCCGUCGCCGCCAGCUCCUCGGACAACUAUGGUGCCUCUCGUGCUGCCGCCCUCGCCGGCGCACAACCACACGGUGUCGGGCCCACCGGCUGUGCUUUCCGACACUUCGACCGACGCCUUUUUGCAGAGCAUUCGGUUCCGAGAGUUUGUGACGCACGUGGCUGAGGACCAUGCGACAGCGUUGUCCGCGCUCGACAUUCUCGUGACACUGUGCGAGCGCAGUAGCCUCGAGACGGCCAAGCUCGUCGACUUCAGGACCAAUUUGGAUUCGAUGCAAAUCCUGGGGCAUUUUUACGUCGAGCCUUCGAUGCAGCAGGUGCUGGAUGCAAGCCCCUUGGAGCACGACAGCGUUCGACAGCAGCUGGCGGAGCUCCGGGACCUCAAGCGUGCCAUGACGUCGAUCUUGGACAACGUCGAUUGGACGGCUGUGACAACGACGGGGUGCAUACCGCCCACCACCGCAUCGCUUCUCCGCGCCGCUUGCGAGACCCUGCGGACGUCUGCGAUUGGCAAACUUCUCUCGUCGCCGGCGCCGACGUCGCUCGAUCUACUCUCGCCCAUAAGCGCUAGCGUCGAAAAUGCUGAUGUGUUUUCGUUCGGCGCGGAUAGUCGCGCGGAGCCUUCCCGAGAGCCAGCCGUGGCCAACGACGAUGACGACGACGACGUGUUCUUCCGAGACGAGCCGAGUACGUUGGUCGCGGACGAUGUUACCUUAGGCGACGCAGUGCCUUUGGACACGACGGCGGUCAACGAUCCGCUCGACGACACCUUUGAUGUUGACGACACGAGGAAUGCUACGGACGAGCUGCUCGCCGACACCGCCAGUGAUGCUGACGGCAUGGAUGUCCCCGAGACGAACGAUGCCCUCGAUGGCAAUCUCGACCAAGACGUUGCCUCCACCGAGUAUGAGGACGAAGAAGCAGACGCUGAGAUUGCCGAAGCCGACGACGAGGUGGUCGAAGGUAAUGAAGAUGAUGAAGCCGAAGAUGAUGAAGAAGCCGAAGACGAUGAAGAAGCCGUCGAAGAAGAUGAAGAAGCCGAAGAAUACGAUGAAGCCGAAGAAGCUGAAGAGGAAGAAGAAGCUGAAGAUGAAGACGCUGUGGAAGACGACGACGAGGCUGUAGAGGACGCCAACGAAGCUGUAGAAGACGACGAAGAUGUCGCCGCGGAAGCAGCAGAUGAAGAUGAAGAGGAAGCGGAUGACGAUGCACUGACGCACGGCGAUUGGGAGCAAGGGUUUGACGAAUCGUCCCAGCAUCAUUACUGGUUCAACUCGGCGACAGAGGAAAGCUCGUGGACGCCGCCGCCCGGCUGGCCGUACGACCUGCAGGGUAACCUCCUCGCGUCGCAACCUGCCGCUGCCGACGAGGACGAAGAAGACGACGAUGAAGAGAUGGAAGAGGACGAGAUGGAAGAAGACGCGACGGAAGACAAUGCUGACGCGUCCGAAGAGAUGACCCUCGAGGCGCGCAUUGCGAUGGCGCUUCAGGGCGGCAGCGCUCCUGCCGACGAUGAAGUCGACUUUAGUGACAACGACUCGCUCCCCGACUUGUAGAGUGCGUGUAGGGGUAAUGCACUCGUGCACGUGAU